AUGAAGGAGCUUUUUGAGAUGAAUAUGACUGCAAGAAGAUCAUUAAAUUUUCCUACUUGUUCCUACUUGUGCACACCCAAAAUUGAAAACUUUGAUUUGUGUGGAUUCCCAUUGUCAAAUGAAUGUGGCCAGAAUAAGAGUCCACCAAUGUUGGUUGACCAAGAAAAAGAUGAGCCUACUUUUCUUAGCGAAAUGACUUGGCAAGCAACAGUUGAAGUGGUUUCUUUUGCCUUUGGGCAUCCACUUUGCUCUUCUCAUGAUUCCCUUGCACUUUUACAGUUUAAGCAUUCACUUGUCGUGGCGGACUAUCCACAUUGCUCUUCUGAUGAUCUUUACUAUGAAAUGUUCCAUUGCCAAUCUUCUGUUCCUAAGAUGACGUCUUGGAAUAGGAGUAGUAUGGAUUGUUGUGCGUGGAAUGGAGUUACUUGUGAUAGCCUCACCGGGCAUGUGAUUGGUUUGGACCUCAGUUUUAGCAAACUUGAAGGAACUAUUCAUCCCAAUAGUAGCCUUUUCCAACUUCAACAUCUUCAAAAACUUGAUCUUUCAAUUAACAAUUUUCUGGAAUCUCAUAUUCCACAGGGUAUUGUUCAGUUGGUCCGUUUGACGCAUCUCAACCUUUCUUAUUGUUAUCUCGAAGGAAGGAUUCCAUUAGAAAUCUCGUACCUGUCCAAUUUGGUUUCGCUUGAUCUCUCUAACAUUGACUCUGAUGUCCAGCUUAGUGGGGAAGGGUUCAACAUGCUCUUUCAAAACUUAACCAAGUUACAGUCAUACGCUAACCGAGCUAGAUCUCUCGACAAUAUUUUUUCUGGAGGACUACCCAGUUCACUUGGAAGUCUCAAAGCCUUAAAACUUUUGGAUUUUUUUGGGUGCAACCUCGUCGGACCUAUACCGGAAUCCGUCAGGAACCUUUCACAAAUCACUCAACUAGAUCUUUCAGACAACUAUUUGGAGGGCAAAAUUCCUGAUGCUUUUUCCAACUUCCAAAAGCUUACACUCUUAGAAUUAGACAACAACAACUUCAUUGGCCCGUUCCCAUCCUCUCUUGUGAACUUGACAGAGCUUGAAGUUUUGCUAUUGGGAUACAACUCACUUAGUGGUCCACUUCCUUUUACUGCUAACGGACUUCAAAAUCUACGUCAACUAGAUUUGUCUGGAAACUCACUCAACAGAUCAAUCCCAUCUUGGAUGCUUAGUCUUCCUUUACUGAGUGAUUUGUGGCUGGAUUCCAAUCAUUUCAGUGGACCACUUCCCGAGUUUAAGACCAACUCUAUAGAAAUGCUUGAUAUGCGUCAAAAUCAACUCAGUGGUCCCAUACCUCACUCGCUUAGAGAUCUUGUGAACCUAACUUAUCUCUUUCUUGGAUCAAAUAAUUUGAGUGGUGAGGUAGGAGCAGAAAUGUUUUCAACAAUGAAAAAACUCAAUGCUCUUGAUCUUUCUCAUAGUGGUUUAUCAUGGAGUAGCAAUAAGGAAAACAUCAACACCACCCUUCCUAGUCUUGGGUAUUUAAGUUUAGGCUUCUGUCACGUAAAAGAUUCUCUGAGUUUCUUGUUAAACUCUAAGCAAUUAGUGUUUUUGGAUCUCUCGGAGAACGAAAUUCACGGCCAGUUGCCUAAAUGGUUUGGGGGUUUGAGUUCAUUGCAAAUUCUUGAUCUCUCUCACAACUACCUUACAAGCUUAGACCAUCUACCUUGGCAGAAACUGAGGUAUGUUGAUCUUCAAUCAAACUCACUCAGAGGACCUCUGCCAUCUUCCCUUUGCGAACCAAAUAGCCUAGGAGCUCUGAUUUUGUCCCAUAACAAUUUGAGUGGUGAAAUUCCCAAUUGUUUGUUUAUUUCUGGAAGUCUCAAAGUCCUAGAAUUACGAGGAAACAACCUUCAUGGUCCCAUUCCAAACAUAUUCUCGGGGUGUGGUGAGUUAAGUUAUAUUGGUUUGAGCAAAAAUCAAUUGGAAGGUCCGAUCCCGAGGGAAACGUCCUUACAAUCCUUGAUUUGGGAAACAACAAAAUCCAUGACAUUUUUCCCGUUUGGUAAGAGGUUGCAUAUUAGAGGUUCUCAUGAAAAUAGAUUUUAA